AUCAUCAUCUCAACAAUUAACACCAUGAAAAAUUGGCAAAUCUUUCUGGUUUUCUUGUUAGCUUCAUAUAUAGUGUUCAUAUCCAUGAAACAACACCAGCCUCAAUACUUCUCCAUUCAUGGCAUUACGUAUGAAAUUCGUGUUGUUAAUGGCUUCACCAACAACUCCUCCCUCCCUCUCGUCAUCUGGUGUGCCUCCCAAGAUGCCAAUAUCGGUGGUCGAGCUCUUCAGGAAGGUGAUGACUUCAGUUGGGACGCUAGAAUUAGUUUCUGGACUGCCAACCCUGCUUUCUCGUGCACCAUGAAAUGGGAUCGAACCAGGAAGAAGUUUGAAGCUUUCCAGGUGCACCGAGACAGACCCAGGUGUAGACUGCUUAGGAAAUGCUCGUGGUUGGUUAAGGAAGAUGGUUUCUAUUUCAGCAACGAUGAGUCUAAUUGGGUUAAGGAUUUUUCAUGGCUAUAGUAUCUGUUUGAUUAACUUACAACAUUAGCUCUUUCUCCGAACCAGAAACGGUUGUGUUUACUAGACCUGAAAAUGAGACUCACAAUGUCUUUUUCUUAGAUUUCUACACGGUUUUAUAGAGUCGAAUACAACAGUUAUAAAUGUUAUUCAUUGGUAUCUUGUGUUAGGAGGUCAGUUUAGCGAGUAUAAGUUAGCUUGUAUUUAAGCUUAUUGAAAAAGCUUUGUUUGAUAAGCUAUAAGAUAGCUUCU